AAUAGACGAUCCGCUUCUCUUAAACUCUGGGACCAGCGGGGAAACGGUGACGCAGCUUCAACCCUCCUGGUCCUGAUUGGUGAGCGGCUCCUCGUGAAGCUCAGCCCCGCCUGGAGGAGCGACCCGCUGCCUAUACCUCCGCUGCUUAUUGGCGAAAGAUGCGUUCAAAACGUGCGCCAAAACUGAGAUCGGGCCGUCCUCUGCUGUGCCGGUGAAAGCCUUUCCUCUGGUUGGUCCGCCUGGAGCCAUCCUACCUCUCCGCGGACAUAAAAUAGAGGGUCUGCGCUGUAGAAGUCAUAGUUCUUCGGAGUGUUGUCUAUAGAACGAAAAUCCAAAAAUGAGUGGUCGAGGAAAGACAGGUGGAAAAGCUCGUGCUAAGGCAAAGAGCCGCUCUUCUCGUGCUGGGCUCCAGUUUCCUGUGGGCCGUGUUCACAGGCUCUUGCGCAAAGGAAACUAUGCAGAGCGUGUUGGCGCCGGCGCUCCUGUCUAUCUCGCGGCAGUGCUAGAGUAUCUGACUGCUGAGAUUCUGGAGCUGGCUGGAAACGCUGCCCGUGACAACAAGAAAACCAGGAUCAUUCCCCGUCACCUGCAGUUGGCUGUGCGCAACGACGAGGAACUCAACAAGCUGCUGGGCGGAGUCACCAUUGCUCAGGGCGGCGUGCUGCCCAACAUCCAGGCUGUGCUGCUGCCCAAGAAAACCGAGAAGCCUGUAAAGGCAAAGUAG